GCGCCGGAACCUAGCGAGUCCGACAGCGCAGCGUGGUCGAUCCUGCGGCGGCGACGAGCUCACUCAGAGCGGGGCUUUCGGGAGUCGCGGCGCUGACGUCGGGUUCCGAGGAGCCUGGGUCGUGCUCGGUCUGUGGUUCGCUGUCCAGCUCUCUGACCUUACAGGCACAUCCCGUGUGCUGCUUAGAGCGCGUAUGCAAAGAAGGAAGCUGAUGUAGAGAGGCUGUAGGACGUGCCGAAGGUCAUCCAGCCCAGAGCGCAAACCCAGGAACCUUCUGGACGUGGGCAGAGACCAGACGUCUGGGAAUCCUCGGGAGGGUCUCUUAAGCGGCUGAACAGGCGCAUCAGGUCCAUGCUGCUGCUGGUUUGGGCACCCAAGGCUUGGCACAGGCUCUCUCAUCUCAAGCCCUCAGCCCUCCUUUGGACCCCAAGAGGCAAGGCCCGACAUGUGAGGUGCCGGCUCCUGUCAAGUCAGGGCCCUGGAGAGAGAGGCAGGCAGAGCCGGCCCCAGGGCCCUGGGCUUCGAACCAGGCUGUUGAUCACUGCCUUGUUUGGGGCUGGGCUGGGUGGGGCCUGGCUGGCCGCAAGGGCUGAGAAGGAGCAGCGGAGGCAGCAACAGCGGACUGAGGCUCUGCGCCAGGCGGCUGUGGGCCAGGGUGACUUCAGCCUGCUGGACCACCGGGGACAGGCUCGCUGCAAAGCCGACUUCCGGGGUCAGUGGGUGUUGAUGUACUUUGGGUUCACUCACUGCCCCGACAUCUGCCCAGACGAGCUGGAGAAACUGGUGCAGGUGGUACAGCAGCUGGAGGCCGAGCCUGGCCUACCCCCGGUGCAGCCUGUCUUCAUUACUGUGGACCCCGAGCGGGACACCGUCGCAGCCAUGGCCCGCUACGUACAGGACUUCCACCCACGGCUGCUGGGCCUGACCGGUUCCGCUGAGCAGGUGGCCCAAGUGAGCCGCAGCUACCGUGUGUACUACAGCGCCGGCCCCAAGGACGAGGACCAGGACUACAUCGUGGACCACUCCAUUGCCAUCUACCUGCUCGACCCUGACGGCCUCUUCACAGACUACUAUAGCCGGGCCAGGUCAGCAGAGCAGAUUGCGGACAGCGUGCGGCGCCACAUGGCUGCCUUCCGCAGCGUCCUGCACUGAAGCGGGCCAUUAAAGAGCAUGUGAUGGCGC